AUGGCCGCCGCAGCAGACGAAGUCUUAGAGGGUGUGGUCAGUCUGAGGUGGUGUGGUCAGUCUGAGAUGUGUGGUCAGUCUGAGAUGCGUGGUCAGCCUGAGGGGGUGUGUCUGAGAUGUGUGGUCAGUCUUAGAGGGUGUGGUCAGUCUGAGAUGUGUGGUCAGUCUGAGAUGCGUGUCUUAGAGGGUGUGGUCAGUCUGAGGUGGUGUGGUCAGUCUGAGAUGUGUGGUCAGUCUGAGAUGUGUGGUCAGUCUGAGAUGUGUGGUCAGUCUGAGAUGUGUGGUCAGUCUGAGAUGCGUGGUCAGUCUGAGGGGGUGUGCUCAGACAUCAUUCCUCAGCGUUUCCAGCAGCGGCACCGAAACUCGGAAAAACCUGCACCUCUCCAGAAGAUCGCUCUGCAGUAA